CAUUUUGCUUGGCUGCUGAGGCUGAGCUGGGGAAGACCUGGAAAUGAAAGUAAAAAAGACCAAGAGGCACAUGGAGGGAGCUGCAGGGCCAGCAGCUGUAGGGGCUGCUCUAAGGGCAGGAUGGUGCUUUCUGUAAUUAAAUAACAAUUACUGGUAUUAUUACUAACCGUAAUAAUGCUUUAAUAAUAUAUCUAGUAAUAUAAUACAAUUUAUCAGAGAGAGGCGAUCCAAGUGUAGAGGGAAUACCUAAGCAGAAGAGUGACUGUAAUGGAGAGACAAAAAAGAAAAGAAGAAAUAGAGAAGGGGCUUCAGUUCAUCCAGUCCACAUUACCUCUAAUCCAAGAAGAUUAUGAGGCCUUUUUGCAAAAGCUAGUGCAAAACUUAUUUGCAGAGGGCAACGAUUUGUUCAGAGAGAAGGAUUUCAAACUGGCGCUAGUGCAGUAUGUAGAAGGGCUGAAUGUGGCUGAAUAUGCAGCUUCUGACGAAGUGACCAUUCCAGUGGAUCUCUUAUGUAAGCUGCAUGUGAAUCGGGCUGCCUGUUACUUUGCUAUGGGCCUGUAUGAGAAGGCUUUGGAAGACAGUGAAAAGGCUCUGGGGUUCAAUAAAGAGAAUAUCCGUGCACUCUUCAGGAAAGCUCGUUGCUUGAAUGAGCUGGGGAGGCACAAGGAAGCAUAUGAAUGUAACAGUCGCUGUUUGCUCUCCCUUCCACAUGAUGAAAGUGUGGCACAACUUGGCCAGGAGCUUGCACAGAAGCUGGGCUUAAGGGUUCGGAAAGCAUAUAAGAGGCCUCAGCAGGAGUUGGAAACAUUUUCUCUGCUCAGUAAUGGCGUAUCAUCCACCUUACCAAAUCAGACUGUUUCCAAUGGUCUGGGCCCUGUAGAUGACAUUGAAACAGACAACUCUCCAGGGCUCCCAGGCAUCACUGCUCCCAAUGCAACCUCUGUUCCUGCGAGUGAGGGCCCUGCCUUUCCAUCAUCAGAUGCAGAUACAAAAGGCACAGCAACUGCACUGCCUACUGGCUCCCUGGUUCCUUCUACAGAUGCAACACCUGGGUCAGGAUCUGAGAAUGUGGAUGACUUUACUGAAGGAGGAGUUCUUGGUGAUGAACUGGACUCUAUUCUGGAUUCUAUUGCAGAUGGGACACAGCAGUACUCUCUAUCUCUGGUCCAAGGGGCCAUCCCUGCCAGUCUUCCCAGUGAGAUGCCCAGGCUGAUUCCUGUGUUCCCAGGAGGUACUCCGCUGCUCCCUCCUGUGGUGACCACCAACAUCCCCGUCUCCACUCCACUUCCUCCUGCUUCUUUCGGCCUUGUGAUGGAUGCCACAAAGCAACUCUCUUCCUCCUCUGUUCUGGAUGCCUUUGAAUCGCCAGUGGGGGGUAGUGGCAACUCUCCUUUGGACUCAUUGGAUUCGCUAGAUCUGCUCCCGUAUACAGAGUCUCGGCUUGAUGUGCUGGAUGCUUUUGGGACUAGUAGGGGAUCGUUGGAUGCGCUGGAUACCUUCACUGUUGAGGAAGCGAGCAUCCAGGAACCACAGCAGCCUGCUAGUAUCCAGAAGCCACCACCUGUGACGAACCAUAGCGGGCCAAGUUACACAGGAGUCCCCAAAGUAGUAGAAUUGCUCAUGUCUCAACCGCAGUCAUCGAUGCCCAUUACGACCCUGCUUGUGAAGAAUCCAUUGGCGUCCACUCACAUCUUCAAACAAGCCUGUCACCUCUGCUAUCCCAAAACAGGCCCCAAGGCUGGUGAUUAUACUUAUCGAGAAGGCCUGGAACACAAGUGCAAGCGGGACAUACUCUUGGGCAGGCGCCGCAACUCAGAAGAUAAAACCUGGAAGAGGAUCCGGCCACGGCCAACCAAGACCAAUUUUGUGGGAUCUUAUUAUCUGUGUAAAGAUAUGCUUAACAAGCAGGACUGUAAGUACGGGGAUAACUGCACCUUCGCGUACCACCAGGAGGAGAUCGACGUGUGGACAGAGGAGCGGAAGGGGACCCUUAAUCGUGACCUUCUCUUUGACCCACUGGCUGGGGUCAAACGAGGCAGCCUGACAAUUACAAAAAUCUUGAAGGAACACCAGGGCAUAUUCACGUUUCUCUGUGAGAUCUGCUUUGACAGCAAACCCCGGAUAAUCAGCAAAGGGACCAAGGACUCUCCAGCAGUGUGUUCAAAUUUAGCUGCAAAACACAGCUUUUAUGAUAAUAAGUGUCUAGUUCAUAUUGUUCGUUCCACCUCCUUGAAAUACUCUAAGAUCCGUCAAUUCCAGGAGCACUUUCAGUUUGACGUGUGCCGACAUGAAGUACGCUAUGGCUGCUUGCGUGAAGAUAGCUGCCAUUUUGCUCACAGUUUCAUAGAGCUUAAAGUUUGGUUGCUCCAGCAGUAUUCUGGAAUGACCCAUGAAGACAUUGUACAAGAAUCAAAAAAAUAUUGGCAGCAGAUGGAAGCGCAUACGAGCAAGGCUAGCAGUAGUAUGGCUUCCACUAGGACUUCCACAUCAAACACUUUUGACCUUCAGAUGAAGUUUGUAUGUGGCCAGUGUUGGAGAAACGGGCAGGUGGUGGAACCAGACAAAGACCUCAAAUACUGUAGUGCCAAAGCACGCCACUGCUGGACCAAGGAACGCCGGGUCCUUCUAGUGAUGUCUAAAGCAAAAAGAAAGUGGGUAUCUGUCCGACCACUGCCUUCCAUUCGCAACUUCCCUCAGCAGUAUGAUUUAUGUAUCCAUGUCCAAAAUGGCAGGAAGUGCCAGUAUGUUGGAAACUGCUCCUUUGCCCACAGCCCUGAAGAGAGAGAGAUGUGGACCUUCAUGAAAGAAAAUAAGAUUUUGGAUAUGCAGCAGACUUAUGACAUGUGGCUGAAAAAACACAAUCCUGGAAAACCUGGUGAGGGGACACCUCUAACUUCACGAGAAGGGGAAAAGCAGAUCCAGAUGCCCACUGACUAUGCUGACAUGAUGGGCUACCACUGUUGGCUUUGUGGAAAGAAUAGCAACAGCAAGAAGCAGUGGCAGCAGCAUAUCCAGUCAGAGAAGCAUAAAGAAAAAGUGUUCACGUCUGACAAUGACUCCAGCUGCUGGAACUACCGUUUCCCAAUGGGGGAGUUCCGGCUCUGUGAAAGAUUCCAGAAGACAAAAUCCUGCCCUGAAGGAGAGAAAUGUCGCUUCGCUCAUGGUCAGGAUGAGUUGACAGAGUGGCUGGAUCGGAGAGAAGUCAUGAAGCAGAAGCUGGCAAAAGCCCGCAAGGAUAUGCUUUUGUGCCCCAGAGAUGAUGACUUUGGGAGAUACAACUUCUUAUUGCGGGAUAGUAUAUAAUCACAGGAGAGUGGAUUCUCAGAACUGGAUCUGGGAGCAGGGAUUGCUGGGCAUGGCAAAGACUGAUUAUCAUUCCAUUAAGUUUUGAUUGUAAGAUAAUCAGGAUGAUUUACUAAUGUUGAAUGGAAUUAGGAAUUGAAUCAUAUACAACCAGUGAACAUGAUGCUCCUAGAAUUUUGUUUUCCAGUUU